UUCUUGAGUCUUCUUGGCCAUUCCACAAUCUGAUGAACUCACCUUUUGAUCAAUCUGAUCUCAUGAACAUAGAUGAUACUCCAAUUGGUAGCUCAGAUUUUUCUUCUUUGGUCCUCAAGUCAGAUGUAUUUUCUGACUUAUCCGAAACUUGUUCAUACCCUUUCGCCACCGUGUUUCAGGGUGAUGAUCUGAUUCGGGUCUCAUCACAGGUGGUGGAAUUUCCAAUGACUUCGGAAGAAGUUGACCCUGAUUUGAUGAUGGACUGUUUGUUUGGUGAUUUCUUGGGAGGAAGUGAAGGGUGGUUUCCUUCAGAAGUUACCUCACAAUUUACUGAAGGAGAUUGUAUGUCAAAUUCAUUGGUGACUUCUGAAGUAUCAUCAAUGGACUCAGCAUCAACAUCACUGGUCAUUCCUACUGAAGUGGUGGAAAUAGAUAACGAAUCUAGUAUUCGUCAUCUUCUCAAGGCUUAUGCAGAAUCCAUGGAGAAUGGACAGAAGGAGCUAGAGGAGGUAAUUUUCAGAUGCAUCAAAGAUAAAGUCAGCCCCAUUGGUCAUACUUUGGAUCGUCUAGCAUUUCAUUUGUGUCGAGAAGUUGUUGAUGAUCAACAAGGCGAUGUUGAUUAUCUGAAACAACAAUCAUACAAGAAUUUUGGGGCUGCAUUUAAGUUGUUCUACCAGAACUUUCCCUAUGGGAAGUUUGCUCACUAUGCAGCAAAUUCAGCAAUCCUAGAGGCUAUUCCUGAGGAUACAGAGAUUGUUCACAUAGUAGAUUUCGAUAUGGGAGAAGGGUUGCAGUUGUCACAGAUAAUUGAAGCUCUAGCACAAAGACUCAAAACACUGAAAGUGACAGCAAUCAAAUGGGAUGAUGAAGAAAUUGAGUGUGCUCUACAGGGGACAUUUGACGAAAGGAAGAAGCAACUCCAAAAACAUGCAAGAUCUUUUGGCCUAAGCUUGAAGGUGGAGGAAGUUACACUAAAGGAUCUGGUGGCAGAGAUAAAGAAGACAAAAAAGAGGGCUGUAGGAGAAUUCUUAGCCUUUAACUGUAUGGUUUCGCUUCCACACGUGAGGAGGAGGAGAAGUAGAAGUCGUGCCAUGGAAUUUCUGAGACUGGCUAAGGAUAUGUUAGCCACAUCUGGGAACUACAAAACUGGAAGAAAAGGAAUUGUAACCUUUGGUGAUGGGGAGGCUUGUGAUGGACUUGGUAAUCAGUUGGAUUUCAGCUCGUUCUUUGAUAGGAAUCUGGUACAUUACCAGGCCUUAUCGAAGUCGAUGGAGUCAAAUUUCCCAAGUCAUCUAGCAGAGGCAAGAAUGGUGAUGGAAUGCAUCUUCCUAGCACCAUUUGUCUCGUCGCAGGCUUGGCUCCAGAACUGGAGCGAAAUGAAGGACGCUCGCCAAAGUCAACCAUGGUCUGGGCUGGAGGGUCGUAGACUCAGCAAAAAGAACUUGUUGGAAGCGAAGGAAAUUGUUGGAGACGACAGCGCCUACGGAAUAAGGAUUGCAGGACAGAAUGGAAAUGAAAUGGCCUUGGAAUGGAGGGGGCAUCCUUUGGUUAGAGUUUCAACAUGGGAACACCAAAGCUAGCUAAAAUUAGACCACGAUCCUUCCCGUUUCUCAUUUUUGCAAUUUCUUUCAGCAACUGCAUGUGUUCAACAUGCUGGACAAAGAUGUUGCUUUACAUAUU